AUGCCACGAUCAUAUCAAAAGUCCAGUGAAGAGUUCGCUGACCAGUGGAUCAGACCAAAUGAUAUCUUCUCAGUGCUCCUCAUUCUCGGUGGCGAUGUGAUACAACUCGCAUGCGCUGCCAUGGCGGGCGGCACAAGCAUACCGCCUAAUCCAGUUACCUUUUCCUUUGGCUGGGUGGCCUAUGCGGUUUCUGCCCUUCUCUCGGCCAUUGGGGAGAACAGGCUCAUCACCUGCCAGCCAGAGGUGCCGUUGCUAGUUAUCAACCUUGACUCGGGGUAUCGUCGAUCCAACAGAUCAUGGCUACUCGGCCGGUUGGUUAAAACGUACGAAUACUGGAUGCCUGACGAGGUACGGGACAAGGUGAAUCCUUCGGCGCAGAAAAGGAGAGGAGAUACUGAGCAGAAUCACGACCCCACGCCACCUGUAUUGACAUCAGCUGGACAUCUCUCUGCUCUCUGUAUCGCAGUGUAUGAAUGGCGGGAAGAUCUCGAGGCUGCAGCCCCAAGACGCGAUUUGGCAUGGUGGAGUGGCUACUUCGUCUCGUUAAUUCAGCUUGUUGUCGCUGUUAUACCUCUUAGUCUCUUCGGCGAUUGGGCAAUUCUGCUCGCUACAGUUGCUGGGACUAUAUUAUCUUAUUCAUCGGCAUCGUUGCCACAAUGGCGGGAAGAGAAGUGGAAGGCUCGCAAGUCCAACAAAGCCAAACCUGUGGCACUUACAGAAGGCAAUGGAGCGCUACAUGUCAUCAUUAUCAAUGGCAUCGAGAAUAUGCCUGACAAUAGUCUCGAGACUAAACUUAACGGUGAUAUCGUGAAUAAGCCUAUCGAUGGCGUCAAAGAUAUGCUCGAUUUGGAAGACCUUGCUGCCGGCCGCGCAUCCGUAAUGCCCUCAACACGCUACCUUACCCUUGCGUUGUCAAUACUGUGGCUAGUUCUACUAGUCACUUGUACUGGCAUCCAGUCUCAUACAUGGUAUCUCCUUGCUGUCGGUGGAAUUGGUAUACUGCACAAUAUCAUUGUAGCGGCUGUACCCCGUCAACCUGAGGCCAUGGGAAUACCAAUCAGGUUGAAAGAGACCAAGUCCAGCGGUAAAGAGAUAUAUGCCGAGUUCAAAGUUAUGUGGUCGCUGAUGGAACUGGAGUCGAAACAUAAGGGCUGGGGCAAAGCACUUCGAGACGAAUUCUUUCCAGGUCAGCUACGGGAAGAUGAGAAGACAUGGUGGGAUUGCGAUGCGGAAAGGGGAAAAGAUACGAGGAAAACAAUACUUGAUAAGUUGAGAGCGGAUUAUAAAAGUGGGAAAAAAGGUGGAAGCGAACAACAAGGAACAGGCGGGGGAAAAGAUAGAGGACGAAGAGAAGACGAAGGAAAAGAGAGGAAAAGCGGAGAGGCGAGGGGCCUUGCACAGGCCUCCCAAGUUCACCCGAGUUGUCUGAACGAAAUACCUCUCGUUGCAACAGGACAAGCUGCGUUAUGA